CUGAAUGCUGGGAUGGCUGCGGUCAGCCUGAGAGCGCAGUCCUCGUCCUGUCUAUUUAUUAAAUACUGUACAGGCGUAGUACUUGAAAUUUGAAACAUACUCCGAAUAAAUCAGUGUGCGAACCCCAACGAAAUCUGCUCUUUUAUUUAUUUAUCUUUUUAUUUUCCCGUCAACAUGCAGUCGGAGGAUGCUCGCUUUUUGCAGAGGAAAGUCAAGGGAGGGAGCAUAGAUGUCCAUCCAACAGAGAAAGCACUUGUUGUGCAGUAUGAGGUGGAAGCCACCAUUUUGGGAGAAAUGGGAGCUCCCAUGCUUGGGGAACGGAAGGAGUGCCAGAAAAUUAUCCGCCUCAAGAGCCUGAACUCCAACACGGACAUCGCCUCGCUGGCUCGCAAGGUAGUGGAUGAGUGCAGGCUGAUACACCCCUCAAAGCUGGCUGAGGUUGAGCAGCUGCUGUACUACUUGCAGAAUCGUAGGAAGUCCAAUGGCAAAGAGAAAAAAGAGAAAAGGCAGAUCAAACCUAGAGAUCUGACUCCUUUUGAAGGGAUGGAGAUUGAUGAGGAGGCCAACAUCAACAACAUCGAUGACUAUGUAGAGCUUCUGUAUGAGGACAUACCAGAGAAAGUGAGAGGCUCUACACUAAUUCUCCAGCUGGCUCGUAAUCCUGACAAUCUAAAGGAGCUGCUGCACAAUGAAACUGCCCUUGGUGCCCUGGCUCGUGUUCUCCGAGAAGACUGGAAGCAAAGUGUGGAGCUGGCCACCACUAUAAUCUACAUCUUCUUUUGUUUUUCCAGCUUCUCCCAGUUCCAUGGAUUAAUCACCCACUACAAGAUCGGAGCCCUCUGCAUGAACAUUGUUGAGCAUGAAUUGAAGAGAUACGACUUAUGGCAGGACGAACUACAGAAGAAGAAAAAAGCCUGCGAAGAAGACCCAGACAACCAAAGCUUGAAGAAGGACCAUGAGAAGGCCUUUAAGAAAUACCAAGGUCUCCUGGUGAAACAGGAGCAACUUUUGCGAGUGGCCUUAUACCUGCUCCUUAAUCUGGCCGAGGACCCACGCACAGAGUUAAAGAUGCGGAACAAGAACAUUGUCCUCAUGCUGGUGAAGACCCUGGACAGAGAGAAUGCAGAGCUGCUGGUGCUGGUGGUCUCUUUCCUCAAGAAGCUCAGUAUUUACUUGGAGAACAAGAAUGACAUGGCUGAAAUCGACACCAUAGAGAAGCUAGCCAGUCUGGUUCCGUGCGAGCACGAGGACCUCUUGAACAUUACUCUGCGGCUCCUCCUCAACCUCUCCUUCGACACGGGACUGCGCAGCAAGAUGGUGCAAGUGGGCCUGCUUCCGAAACUCACCGCACUGCUAGGUAAUGAGAGCCAGAAGCAGAUAGCCAUGUGCAUCCUGUACCACAUCAGUGUCGACGACCGAUUCAAGUCAAUGUUUGCCUACACUGAUUGCAUUCCCCAGCUCAUGAAGAUGCUAUUUGAACAUGGUGAGGAGCCAAUAGAUGCUGAACUGAUCUCCUUCUGUAUCAAUCUGGCAGCCAACAAGAGGAAUGCCCAAAUCAUGUGUGAAGGUAAUGGCCUGAAGAUGCUGAUGAAGAGGUCGCUAAAGUUAAAGGAUCCACUUUUGAUGAAAAUGAUCCGAAACAUAUCUCAGCAUGAUGGUCCACCUAAACAUUUGUUCAUUGACUAUGUGGGUGACCUGGCAGCCCAGAUUGGACCAGAUGAGGAUGAGGACUUUGUGAUCGAGUGCUUGGGUACGCUGGCCAACCUCACCAUCCCAGAGCUGGACUGGGAGCUGGUGCUAAAGGAGUACAACUUGGUGCCCUUCCUGAAGGACCAUCUAAAGCCAGGGUCAGCAGAGGAUGACCUCAUCCUGGAAGUGGUGAUCAUGAUUGGGACAGUGUCCAUGGAUGACUCCUGUGCUGCUAUGUUUGCCAAGUCCGGUAUCAUCCCAGCCCUCAUCGAGCUGCUCAAUGCUCAGCAGGAGGAUGACGAGUUUGUCUGUCAGAUUGUCUAUGUCUUCUACCAGAUGGUGUUCCACCAGGCCACCCGAGAUGUCAUCAUCAAGGAGACGCAGGCCCCGGCCUACCUUAUUGAUUUGAUGCAUGACAAAAACGCUGAGAUCAGGAAGGUCUGUGAUAACACACUGGAUAUAAUUGCGGAGUAUGAUGAGGAGUGGGGGAAGAAGAUCCAGAGCGAGAAGUUCCGCUGGUACAACUCGCAGUGGCUGGAGAUGGUGGAGAACCGGCAGAUGGAUGAGGCCGAGCCCUAUAUGUAUGGUGAUGACAGUGACCUGCUGGAGCGUCCUGACCUCUUCUACAGCGCUGAUGGAAUCAUUCCGUCAGAUGGUGCAAUCAGCCCUGAGUUUUUCCACACCCAGAAUGGUGACGUCAUAGGACAGCAGACCUUCGCUGUCGGUGCGGGCACCGAUGGAUUUGGACAGAUGGCGGUCUCUCCAGGACGACCCAUCACAGCCUACGGGUUCCGGCCCGAUGAGCAGUACUACUAUGGAUAUGCAUCCUCUCGAUAAACACAUCGCUUGUACCUAUCGACUGCAGUGGUCCUGUAUAGCUGGAUGGACGCCAUCCCACAUACACAUGCCAACAUUUCAGCUCAUAGUGGUUGGGGUCCUUGUUAACUGAAGGAUGCUGUGAUCACUUUUGGAGCAAAACGUUCAUAAAAUACUUCGCAAGUAUAGUUAGCAUUUUCAUGUUUCUUUUGAUGCCCUUAUGUAAUUUUAAAUGUUUCUAUGUACGGAGUACACCUGUUACGUAUGUUAACUCCAGUAUAGUAAUUACUACUUAUACAAAUCACCGUGCGUAUAAAAUAUAUUAUCUGAAUUAUUCCUCAAGAAACAUCACGUUAACUUGUUCCAAAUAAAAAAAAAAAAAACCACUAAAAAAGCCUAGGUAGUGAUAUUGGGGAUCUUCGAUGGACUGCAGUGCAUAUCCACUCUGAGGUGUCCAACAGUAUUGCAUGGAGUAAUAUUAGUGUGGUUUGCUAGUGUUAUUAAAUGUGACGACACUGGAAGCCCGUGUUGUUUUAGAAUCACACGCGAAUGCUCUGAAGACAGGUUUUGCCUUAAAGGAAAGACCAGGCACUAGAACACUUGUGUAUUUGAAAUUUCUUUUGUUAUACAAAAACUGUUUAGCUUAUAAUGAUUCUGUUACUGGUUAACAAUUGUUCUUUUAAUUUUUAUAUAGUGCUUUUUUUUUUUAUUUAAGAGCCUUAUAAAUGUUUUCAACUCUUGGUUUUUCAGUGCCUGGAGGUUGUGUGAACUACUGUAACAUUGAAAGGUGUUUGCUGCUCUGAUGUGGAGUUAUGGACUUGUGCAUUUGAUGUAAUUGGAUCAUGUGCUUGCAUUUGCUGAAAUAAAAAAUGAAGGAAUUUGCAUACCUUUGAAUUUCUUGGAACAGUUAAUCUCCUUCCAGACAUCACCCAUGAAAAUAUACAGCAGCAACGUGGUUUGUCAACCACUGAAAGAAAAUAUCCACACUUUAGGUGUGAAUCGUAUGUGUAUUAUUAAAAGUCACUUGGCCGAAUCUGUAAUUUCCAGUCUGAUUGUCAGCUAAAAUUACUGUGCUUUCAGGCGAAACUUAUAAAAAUUAUUUUAAGAAUGAAUAUUAUGCUGCAGUUUUAACAGUGUUGCAGGAAUGUGCGGAGACUGCCUGAGCGGAAUGGUGCUCCGCCAUCACCUACCUUAGAAAUAUUUGGCCUUAAAAAUGGCUGUUCACACUCCAAAAAAAAGGCACUGGAUAACCACAUCUGCCCACCUGUACCCACCCCUUCACCAUCCAGAAUUGUCAU